AUGUUCAACGCGCUCAACCGUUUUAUGUCCCGCCUCGACGGCGAGGACCCCCGACAGAAGCAGCAUCAACAAGGGCUAUUUGGGUUUCAAGUGCUACGGAACACAAACCUGCAGCUCGCGAUCGAGCCAUGGUUCGACUUUGUCGUAGGGAUCAAUGGACGCAUGAUCGAUGACCCAAGCCCCGGACUGUUUGCCCAAGAAGUGCGCAACUGCGCUGGAGGAUCAGUGUCGCUAGGUCUAUGGAGCGCAAAAGGCCAACGAACACGCACGAUGCACGUCCCAGUCCCCGUCGACGGCUCUUCGCUGGGCCUGUCUCUCCAGUGGACAUCCCUGAACGCCGUCGUGAACAUAUGGCACGUCCUCGACGUUCCCGCCAACUCCCCAGCCGACCUCGCGGGCCUCCUCCCCUACAGCGACUACAUCCUGGGCUCGCCAGAGGGCACCCUGCACGGCGAGAGCGGGCUGGGCGAGAUUGUCGAGGACCACAUCGGCAGGCCCCUGCGGCUAUAUGUCUACAACAACGAGUACGACGUCACGAGGGAGGUCACGCUGCAGCCGAGCCGGGAGUGGGGCGGCGAGGGCGCGCUGGGCUGUGUCCUGGGGUACGGGGCGCUGCACCGCCUGCCCGCGCCGCUGAGCGAGCCCGUGGACGCGCCGGGCGACACCAUCUUUGACGGGUCGUUCUCGGAAAAGACGCCGCUCUACGGCCAAGGGGUUGCUGCCCCGGCGGCAGACACGGCCAACUUCUUCACGCCUGCUGAGGCGGAGCAGCCUGGUGCUCCCCCGGCUGGCGGAGGUGACUUCCUCGUCCCGGCCCAGAUGGCAAAUGCGCCGCCGCCAGCAGGGGGUGCGCCGCCGCCACGGAGCCAGAAGAAGAAGGCGCACCGGGCGCCGGUGGGCGGUAUGGACGACUACUUCAACGAGCAGGAGGAGAAGAGCAGGGCGCUGGACCGGCCGGACUCGACCCGGGCCAAGAGUCCGCUGGCUCCGCCGCCCAAGGCGGGUGGUGGGCCGCCCAAGGGAGGCCCGCCCCGGGCAGAAACACCACAAGCGGAGGCGCAGGCGGAGGAGGGUGCGACAGAUGCAUAG